UACAGCUAACGAAAGGUGUGUUCAGGUGGCAGUCGUGAUGCUGCAGGCGGUGGCCGGGAACACGCUGGACGGGCUCGGCUCUGUGCAGAACUUCACCAAGAAAUUCUCACUGAGAGCGUGCCCCGAAGGCCCUGACGGUGGUGAGAACACCCAGGCAUCCUUCACUAAGAACGUGGCCGGAACCUCUGUCACAAUUACCUGUAAAGCUGGCUACAGAACAAAUCCAGGUGAAGCGACCAGAGGAAGAUCAAAGUGUUCCCACGAGACUUUAACUUGGACGCCACCAUCCCCCAAUAUCACCUGUGUGGAAGAUAAAAGGUGUUAUAGGAAUCCACCUAAUCCAAUAAACACCAGACGUAUAUGGGAUGGACAAAAGGAGGAAGGCACAGAAAUUGUCUACAGCUGCAGAAUUCUUUACAAGACACUCACCGAUGAGAAAUCUAUUUACCGAUGUGAAAAUAAAGUCUGGACCCUAGUGACAUCAGAAAUCAAGUGUGAUCCACCCAAGUGUGGAGACCCGCCACAGGUGCCUGACCAUGGAGUUCUCACCUAUAAUUCAUGGGAUCAAAUAACCUAUCAAUGUGACACUUAUGCCAUACGUUCUGGAGUAAAUUCUGAACAUAAGAUCAGUUGCAAAAAUUUCACAUGGGAGGAGCUGCCAAAAAGCUUCAAGUGUGUGGGAAGUGAUACCUAUGAUGCCCAUCAGGAAUGGGAAAAUUUCUUGAACAUCACCUUGCCAGUAUCAACAGUCCUGGUAUUUCUCGUCAUUCUCUGCUUACUUGCUACUCGGUCUGACUCUCCAUUCUGUAAGAUAUGUAAAGGAAGUACAAAGGAAGUUAGCUAUUAAGCUAUUAACAGGCAACUGUUCUUUCAAGAUAAAGGUAAGAUUAUUUUCAGUAUGAGUUAAUUAUCAAAGAAAUCCAUGGCAUCCUGUAAAGGUGGUGCGAGAUGACAACUGGUGUGGAGAUUGUUGGCUUUUGUUGUGGAAUAUUGAAAUAUCUCAUUCCAACCAAAGCAUAAAUUCCUUUUAUCUAUACUACUUGGUGUCAGAAUGUUUGCUGUUGUUCUUUAGAAUGGCCAUUCCUUUAAAGUAGUGUUUCCUAAACUAGGGAUCAUGGACCACUGGAAGGCCAUACAACAAAAUUUGGGCGGGCCAUAAGAUGAAGCUAUGUACACAUAAAAAUCCCAAGGCCCACCACACCAGAACAAUAUGAGGUAGAAUGAAUAAAAUUAUAGAUAUUGCUGGAGUUUUUCCAUAAUGGAUCUAAAUAAAUGUAAGACAGUCACAGUAAUCGUGAAAUGUGGACUUGUGGGGGGAGAGGGGGGCCACUCAUGAGGAUCAUAUAUGAAAAGUGGGUAUGAUCAGAAAAAGUUUGGGAACCACUGCUUUAGAGAAAAUUCUUAGAAUUUACAGAUAGAGGGAUAGGUUAGUUCAUAUUUAUAAUCAUUGUGCUUUAGUGAAAAUGUCACACUCUUUUAAAUAAUUUUAAUUUUACAUCUUAACUCAAGAUUUACAUAAAAUCAACAUUAGAGAAUUAAUGGUUUCUUCCUCUGCUCCACUGCUGAACUUAAUUACAGGUGAUAUCUCUAUGCCCUCCCAGAAAACUUACAGUAUUGCUUCUAUUGUUUUUAAGAAGUUUCCAUUGCUUACAUUUUUUUUACACCUUUGUCUUAUUGGAAAACUGUUCAAAUUCAACCUGCAAUGAUGAUCUCAGUAGGAGAAUUCCAAAACACUUAUUAUAUUUUUUCUACAAAGACUGGUCCACUGUUUUUCUUGUCUUUCUUCAACUUUUUUUGUUUUUUAU